AUGUCCUUCUCCCUGAUCCUGUACGGCAUGGCGGGGCUGCGCAUGGAGGCGGUGGCUGUGGUGUCAAACUGCGCCAUCAGCAUCCUGCUGUACCUCAUCGCAGCCCAGGUGCUGUCGUGCUCAGCCGUCAUCACGCCCAACCAGGACAUUGCAUUCAUGGCAAGUGACGACGAUGGGAACUGUAUCACUGGUGUCGUGGUCAACACUGUCAUGAGGGUGGCCAUCGCAUGGACGGCUGUCAACCUGCUCAUGAGCAAUUUCAUGGUACGGUUUGUGGACAUGUCCCAGGUCUGGCUGAGCCACCUCAGAUGGAUUUCUGCCAUGGCCUACGCCUUUGAGGGAUACGCCACAGCAGAGUUCAAGGGUGGCAGCUACAGCUGCGCAGGCGGCCUGCCACUAGACGUCAUAGGCUACCUGCCCAGCUUCCUGCCCAACACGACAUCCCUGCAGUCUGGCAUCGUGACGUCGACCCUCAGGAACCCGGGGGCCGGCUGCGUUGUCAACCUGGACCUGGCCACCAACCCCAUGAAACCCCCAGGAUCCAUUCUGGACUACUUCAACCUUUUCAAGCCCAUCUGGCUAACGGUGGUGAUCCUGGCGGGCUACCUGCUGGUGAUGCACGCCCUGACGUUUGGGGCAUACCUGCUGGUGGGCCGCAAGGAGCGGCGCUGA